GAUCUAAAUUAACCAAUAAGAUUAUAGCAAUAUUUCCGCCCAGUUCCAGGGCUCAAGUGUCUUGUUGCGCUUGGUGCAAAUACUCCUCUAAGCUUUCCUAUUAGACCCCAUCAGAUAUUUUGCCUUUAAGAAAAGUCUGCAAGGCUCAUCAUGUCUUCUGCGCCAGAUUUACUGGACGCCGAGCGCGAAAACUAUGUGCGACUCUUGCAGCUUCUGGUGGAGGGCGGGACCUCUGCGCUAAGGAAACAGUUUAAAGAUGGAUUAGAUAAAUUAUACCCUGAUGAGACGCUUGGCGAAGUACUUAAAGCAAAAGAGGGACAACUGCAACAACUUAAGAAGAAAGGAAAAUUGAAUCAAACCCAAUGGAGAAUGCUUUACCCUGCAAGUGGAGAUCCAAACAUGAACAACUUUGACAUCACGUUAUUGUCUGUUUUGCUAAGAAAUAUUGGUAGCUCGAAGCGUCCCCCCACUGAUCCAUUUUGGAAUAAUUACCCACAUGACACAGAUACUUCCAAAGAGGCCAAUUAUGUGAGAUUAAGAUUUUUGAGGAAUGAAAUAGGACAUUAUCCUAAAAUAACAAUAAAAGAGGGUGAAUUUGAAACAUAUUGGAUGAGAAUUUCAAAUGUGCUGAUCUCACUUGGGGGGAACAAGGAUGAAAUAGAUAAUCUAAAGACAAAGCGCCCGGCCACAAGAGAUUAUGUUGGAGUACUUCAGCAGUGGAGGGCCUCGGAUGAUGAGAUUCUACAGGAGUUACAUAAACAAAGAAAAGAGAUGAAACAAAGCUUUGAAGAAGCGAAACAAAGCUUUGAAGAAGCGAAACAAAGCUUUGAAGAAGCGAAACAAAGCUUUGAAGAAGCGAAACAAAGAGACGAAGAAGCGAAACAAAGAGACGAAGAAGCGAAACAAAGAGACGAAGAAGCGAAACAAAGAGACGAAGAAGCGAAACAAAGAGACGAAGAAGCGAAACAAGUAAUAAUAAUUAAUAAGUUUGCUUGUCCACUCAACAUCCACAUCGAUUUAAAUACUGUAUGGCCAUCUCCACCGUCAUCCCCUUCAUUGCAUCCUUUGUAUAAAAAAAUCAUGCAUACUAUCGUUGAAACUUUUAUCCAGGGGCUCAACCUAUUACCAACUUAUUACCGAAAAAUUGCAUAUGAUCUUUUUACAACGCGAUAUAAUGCUGAGUAUGUCACUUCCGAAGAGACCAAUAGUCUGAGCAUUACAAUCUCAUGCCAGUCACUUGAGGGUCUGCAAAAGCUUUGGGAUGAUUCCCAGACUGGUCGCUUGAAUGAAGAAAUGGAGAAGCUGUUGGUGGCCGAUGAGGUCUUACAACUGUACAAUCUGAAAGAGAUCAAACUCCAGACAGAGAUAGAUCCUGAAGACUUUGUUAACUGCUGGAAUCAAAUGAAAUCUGACCCUGACACUCCGUCGGCUGACGAACACGACCAUGAGGUGGAACAAGAGUUGAUGAGGCGCAUAAGAGAAGCCGAGGAUGCAGCACAACGCGAGAAGGAGAAACGAAAAGUCAUUGAAGCGGCCCUGGCGCAAAUGAUCCAAGAAAACACUUCAAAGUUUGUUGACAAGCUGAAGGAGAAAGAGUUAACGGAAAGUGAAAGAGAAGAAUUGCUCCAGCUCUUGGUUGCUCAUCACAAGGUGCUUCUCGAAAAUGUUUCUUGUUUUGAAGAUUCCUUAAGGGAUAAAGAACUCGGAUUCUUGAAAAACAUUGUUCACGACUUGAACAAUAGUGUAAUGAAUGUUAAAGAAGGGAAAGAAGAGCUUGCCAAACUAAUUCCCAAGUACCAUGAGAUCAUGAUAAAGAACAUCGAACAAGAUCCCAAGAGUGAAAAAAGCUACCAAGCAUUGAGGGACACGACACAUGAUUUGUUAUACGCUUUGCGAGACAUUUAUCAAGCGAACGAGGAGCACGCCAAACUAAUUCCCAAGUACCAUGAGAUUAUGAUAAAGAACAUCGAACAAGAUCCCAAGAGUGAAAAAAGCUACCAAGCAUUGAGGGACACGACACAUGAUUUGGUAGACGGUUUGCGAGACAAUUUUCAAGCACAGACAAAGCACGCCAAACUAAUUCCUAAGUACCAUGAGAUCAUGAUAAAGAACAUCGAACAAGAUCCCAAGAGUGAAAAAAGCUACCAAGCACUGAGAGACACGACGCAUGAUUUGGUAGACGGUUUGCGAGACUUUGAUCAAGCAAAGGAGGAGCACGCCAAACUGAUUCCCAAGUACCAUGAGAUCAUUAUAAAGACCAUCGAACAAGAUCCCACGAGUGACAAGAGCUACGGCGAGCUGAAAGCGAUGAUGUGUGAAUUAAAAAAACUUACGAGCUCCUCAGAAAUAGGAAAGGAAGAGUACGCCAAACUGAUUCCCAAGUACCACGAGAUCAUGAUAAAGACCAUCGAACAAGAUCCCACGAGUGACAAGAGCUACGGCGAGCUGAAAGCGAUGAUGUGUGAAUUAAAAAAACUUACGAGCUCCUCAGAAAUAGGAAAGGAAGAGUACGCCAAACUGAUUCCCAAGUACCAUGAGAUCGUGAUAAAGAUAAUAGAACAAGAUCCCAAGAUUGAAAAAAGUUACCAAGCACUGAGAGACACAACACGUGAUUUGGCAAGUAUUGCCUGGGAUCUCCCUUACAAGGGUAAAGAAGAGGUAGCCGAAAUUCUCUUUAAGUACAACACGUUCCUCUUAAAGAACAUCGAGCAGGAGCCAAUGAGUGAAGGAUGUCACAAUGCACUAAUAGCCGCAACGCAUGAUUUGUCAAAAUUUUCGUGGUGUGUUACAGACGAGGGAAAACAACAACUGUCCAAACUUCUCCCUCAGUACUACACUAUUUUAUUAAGACAAAUCGAACAAGAUCCCAUGAGUAAAAGCAGCUUCGACGCACUAAUAACCGCUACUGAUGAUUUAUCAAAAAUGUGGCACUCAUCAGAGAUCGUUAAGCAGGAAAUUACAAAGCUUAUCCCUAAGCACAAUGAGAACAUACUCAAGAUAACGGAAAGAGUAAUGAACGAGUCGGGAUCUGCAGAUAGUGGACUUGACCGGUUAGAAAGGGUGAUUUCUAUUUUAACCAGUUUGGUGAAGCCCACAUCACAGGACAAUCGGAAAAUCCUCGACCUGAUCGUUAAGAUGGCAGAUGAGAUAUCACAGGACACAGAGUCUGUAAAGGGUCUUGAUCGAAUUCAGAAGACGGUAGAAGACCUAGGCCGUUUUCUUCAACCCUCUGACGCCGGGCAAAAGCAGUUGUUUGAAUUGACAGACAAACUUUGUAACACACUGAUCCACAGGGUAAAAUUGUCUGAUGAUCUGAAACCUCUUAUUCGCACAGUUGAAGCCUUGAGUAAAAACCUCUCUGGGCCAAGUUCUGACAGAGUUGUGAUUUCAUUACUUUCUGUAAUUGAAGCAGCAUUACCACUGACGAAAGAAGAUCCCCAUCGCCACCUAUUCGACUCUCUCGAGAGGUUGUGUUGCAUUGUGAUUGAUAAAAUGAAGGUGACUCAUCUUGAUGGAGAAGAACUCUCCCGCAUUCUCACCAGCUUGUACAAGUGUUUCGCCGCCUUAGCUGAGAGUCCUCGAUACUCUACAGAAGUGCAAUGGAUGAUGAGAAAGCAAAUGAAGGCAUUUAAGGAGAUGAUUAAAUGGCAUCCAAAGUCUGGGAAUAAGUAACCAAGACUAUUCCCUUCAGCUCUUCUGACAUCGGCGGGUUAGGAUUGGGAUCUGAAAAAGGAAAAUGGCAAGUUGUACAGGAACAAAAGAAAAAGGAUACUUCCGAAUUUCCAGAGAGCCACCUGGAGACAAGAAAAGAUACUGAAUUAAAAUGAAGAAAUAAAAUGUACAGGAUGAGGGAUGUCGUGGAAGAGUGAUCUUAGAGUGUUAUCUGACAGAACGCUCGAUGUACUCCACGACGAUGAAAAUCAACAUCCAGGUUUAUAAUAUGACUUUCUUCAAUAAAGAAAAUAUAGUGGCUUUAACGUCUCACAUCGAGGCUCAGUUAAGUUAGAGAGAAUCGUUCGAGGCUUUAAAAUCUGGUAAAUGAUCGAAUGGAUUGAAAAUAGUAUUUGUAAGAAGCGUCCAAGUGUCCAAGUGCGAAGAACCUUGAAAUUAAAUAGACUAGAUCCUCUGCAUAUAAUUCAAUCCACUAAAAAUUGACGCCUUUCUAAUUAUCACACGUGGAUAAAAUAACCAGGAAUGUUUUUCGUCGCUGUUACACACUUUUUAAAUAGAAGAGUGCUGAUAGUGCUCAUAAAAAAUGAUUUCACCACAGAUGUACACAAGGAACCCAACGUAGCCCUGUAGUGUCUGAAUUAUUCUUUUUCUUCUGACAUUUUUAUUGGAAAAGAAAACUAAUUUCGAGAGAGUGAUGAUUAUGGCCAUAGGCUGACUGCAUGUGUACGAAAGGGUAUAAUCCAUUGUUCGCUAUUUUUACUCAAAUUUAUGGUUUCUCCCCUUGAACCACAACGACAGCGAAAAAAAAAAACAUCCGCCAUUAUAGUUUUAUAGAGAUAUGAGACCAUAUGAUUAUUUGAAAGAGUGUUUGUAGGUUGAGCACGCCACUGCUUCACGGAUAUAUUCAAACAUGUUCUAAACAGGGCAUUUGCUGAGAGUGGUUGCGCAUUCAUAUACUGUAUAACAUAUGCGAAUAACUAAAAAGCAAUUCUCUGAUAGGAGAGUCGCCUUUAAGACGUUAAAACGCGUGUAUAAACGAAGCUUAGUGUGUAUCGUCCAUUUGGAUGCUAACUAGCGGAUAUGAUCACGUGUAUCUCAUUGUCGCUAGUUCGACACAGAAAAGACGUUUGUCAGUCAUUAUAUUUCAUUAUGUAAUGCAGCCGCUUACUAUAUAUGAUGUAAUCACUAGCUUUCAAGUUUUUUUUCAAUAUUAUAUAAUGUAAUCAAUUUUAUAUGAUAUAGCCACUAGCUAGCAGUAUUUUAUAAUGCAGCUCCGCUUACUAUAUAUGAUGUGAUCACUACCUUUCAAGUUUGUUUUUCACUAUUAUAUAAUGUAAUCAAUUUUAUAUGAUGUAGUCACUAGCUUUCAAGAGUGUAUUUCACUAUUUUAUGAUGUAGUCACUAGCUUUCAAGAGUGUAUUUCACUAUAUAUGAUGUAGUCACUAGCUUUCAAGAGUGUAUUUCACUAUUUUAUGAUGUAGUCACUAGCUUUCAAGAGUGUAUUUCACUAUAUAUGAUGUAGUCACUAGCUUUCAAGAGUGUAUUUCACUAUAUAUGAUGUAGUCACUAGCUUUCAAGAGUGUAUUUCACUAUAUAUGAUGUAGUCACUAGCUUUCAAGAGUGUAUUUCACUAUAUAUGAUGUAGUCACUAGCUUUCAAGAGUGUAUUUCACUAUAUAUGAUGUAGUCACUAGCUUUCAAGAGUGUAUUUCACUAUAUAUGAUGUAGUCACUAGCUUUCAAGAGUGUAUUUCACUAUAUAUGAUGUAGUCACUAGCUUUCAAGAGUGUAUUUCACUAUUUUAUGAUGUAGUCACUAUAUAUAAUGUAGUCACUAGCUUCCAAGGGUGUAUUUCGCUAUUAAUAUUGUAUUGAUAACGAAGUCACUAUAUAUGAUAUAUAGUCACUAGAUAUCAAGUGUGUAUUUUAGUAUUAUAUAAUGUAGUCACUAUAUAUGAUGUAGUCACGAGCUUUCAAGGGUGUAUUUCCAGAGCCGUAGCAGGCCACGAAAGAUUAGGGGAAGGGGGCACAAUACAGAAACAUCAUGAAAUAUUGUGGGGCACAGCCACGCCCCUACCGGUCAUUUCCUUAUCAUUUUUGAAAAUAUUGGGGUAGACACAUACCCUCAGGACCCCACCCCCUGCUACGGCCCUGAUUUCACUAUCAUAUGAUGUAGUCACUAUAUAUGAUGUAGUCACUAGCUAUCAAGUGUGUAUUUCACUAUUUUAUAAUGUAGUCACUAUAUAUGAUGUAGUCACUAGCUAUCAAGUGUGUAUUUCACUAUUUUAUAAUGUAGUCACUAUAUAUGAUGUAGCCACUAGCUAUCAAGUGUGUAUUUCACUAUUUUAUAAUGUAGUCACUAUAUAUGAUGUAGUCACUAGCUAUCAAGUGUGUAUUUCACUAUUUUAUAAUGUAGUCACUUGACUAUAUUUGAUGUAGUCACUAACUAUUAAGUGUAUUUUUCAUUUAAGAAAUAAAGCAUUGUGCCAGUUC